AUUCACACAGCACUUCAGUUUGACUUUGCCACUCGCUCCGCUUUGUGUUUGUUACUUGGAAGGGGAACCUCCAGUCCUCGAUACGAUUCGAUUCGAUCCGAUCCGAUCCCAUCCCAUCCGAUCCGCCCACCUCAGUUCGUCGACGGUGUUCUCAGUGAUUUAAACUCUCCCAUUAGGCUUGGAUCGUUACCAUGCGGCAUCUGGUGCUUCUGGCCGUAACUUACGUGGCUCUGGUUUUGUCCAAGCCGGCGACGGAGACGCCUCGCCUGCUCAUCGAUUCAGCACCCUCGGUGGUCUCCUACCAGGGUUCCUCGCAGGCCCAGACCCGCUUCGUCAUCGCGCCCAUGGGCCGGGCUUUGGGCUACGUGGAGCCCACCAACCUCAAUCGAACCUUCCACACUAAAGCAACGCAGGAGGGCGGCGCCACCGGGUACGAGCAGCUCAAUCUGAGUCCGGUCUACGUGCCGAGUAGCUAGGCAAUGGA